AUGGUGGAACCAAUUCCAGUCCGAGAAAUGAGGCUCCAAUGCUCUGAUGGGAUGGUGAUUGCUGCCCAGCAGUGGUAUGCCAAAGCCAAUCCAGUCGAAGACCGGGAGGGAGAAACACGCACUCGAAAUAUUCUCUGCUUGCAUGGGUGGUUAGACAAUUGCAGAUCCUUCUACCAUCUGGGCCCCAAGCUCGCAGAAGCGUUGUGUCGAACCCAAACCGAUGGGAUUCAAGUGACCAAUACGGAUGUCAACGUGGUCGCCAUUGAUUUUCUUGGGCAUGGGUUGAGUAGCCACAAGAGUUUGGAUGGACCCUCGAUUCUAUUAACCGAAUCGGCGUUUUAUGUGGCUGAAGUAACCGAAAAACUGGGAUGGUGGAAGCAAGAUAAUGCCAAGAGCAACAAACGCAAGAAAAAUGAAGAUGGGUCGGCGGAAACUCCAGAGCACAUUUCUGCUGGGAACGUUCCUUUCACAUUGAUUGGCCAUAGCAUGGGUGCUUCUGUGGCCUGUGUCAUGGCCGCUGCCUUUCCGGAACGAAUUGACAAAUUAGUUUUAUUGGAUGGGGCGGGGCCUUUGGACCGACCGGCGGAAAAAAUUGCCAAGCAUGUACGCAGUCAUAUUGAACGACGUCAAGCGGGAAAUGUUAAAUUGGUCUUGGAAUCACGCAUGCUGUAUCCAUCCGUGGAAAUGGCUGUGAAGUUGAGGCGUAGGACGGCAACUUCCUUUCCAGGCAAUCAGUAUUUGUCGACGGAAACUGCUAAGGAAAUGGUGGUUAGGGGAAGUGAGAUUGACGAAGAGGGAAGGGUAAAGUUCCUGCACGAUCCGCGUCUCCGUUGGCCUUCGGCGCAUUACUUCACCGCUGAGCAAACGGAAGCCUUGUACAAGGAUAUCCAAGCAAAGACAUGCCUUCUUCGUGCCGUGGAUGGAUUUCCCUUUGAGCCCGAAAAAAAGGAACGUCUCAUGCAGAUCUUGAAACCGUCUGUUAUGAAGACUUUGCCUGGGAGUCAUCACUUCCAUGCUGAUCCUAAAUCAGCUCCUGCCGUCGCAGAAGCUGUGAUCAAGUUUCUGCAAGAGUAG